CCGCCCGCGACGAAGCGGCGGCAGGCGGGACUUCCGGCGCGGGCGCCGAUCGCACGGAACGCGCCAUGGCGUCGGCCUAGGCCGCCCGGGGACCGCGGGCCGCAGGUGAGCGCGGGGCGGGUCCCCCGGGCCGCAGGUAUUGAAUAAAAUAUGCUGUUAUCAAUAGGAAUGCUGAUGUUGUCUGCCACUCAGAUAUACACUAUUGUGACUGUGCAGUUGUUUGCCUUCCUGAAUCUUUUACCUGUGGAGGCAGAUAUUUUAGCAUAUAACCUUGAAAAUGGAACCCAGACAUUUGAUGAUCUACCUGCUAGAUUUGGCUACAGACUGCCAGCAGAAGGUUUGAAGGGAUUUCUAAUAAAUUCCAAACCAGAGAAUGCAUGUGAACCUAUAGCCCCACCUCCACUGAGAGACAACUCCUCUGGUGCUUUUAUUGUGUUAAUCCGAAGGCUGGAGUGCAACUUUGAUGUCAAGGUCUUAAAUGCCCAGAGAGCUGGAUACAAGGCAGCUAUAGUUCACAAUGUUGAUUCUGAUGACCUCAUAAGCAUGGGAUCCAACGACAUUGAGGUUUUAAAGAAGAUUGACAUUCCUUCUGUCUUUAUUGGUGAGACAUCAGCUAAUUCUCUUAAAGAGGAGUUUACUUACGAAAAAGGUGGCCAUGUUGUGUUAAUCCCAGAGUUCAGUCUUCCUUUGGAGUACUACUUAAUCCCUUUCCUAAUAAUAGUAGGGAUCUGUCUUAUUCUCAUCGUCAUAUUUAUGAUAACAAAAUUUGUUCAGGACAGACACAGAGCAAGAAGGAAUCGGCUUAGGAAGGAUCAGCUUAAGAAACUUCCUGUACAUAAGUUUAAGAAAGGAGAUGAAUAUGAUGUGUGUGCCAUUUGUCUGGACGAAUAUGAGGAUGGAGACAAGCUCAGGAUCCUUCCGUGCUCUCAUGCAUAUCACUGCAAGUGUGUGGACCCAUGGCUGACAAAAACAAAAAAAACCUGUCCCGUGUGUAAGCAGAAAGUGGUCCCUUCCCAGGGGGACUCUGACUCGGAGACAGACAGCAGCCAAGAGGAGAAUGAAGUGUCUGAGAACACUCCUCUGCUCAGGCCUUUGGCCUCGGUCAGCACACAGUCCUUCGGGGCUCUGUCAGAGUCCCAUUCCCAUCAGAACAUGACCGAGUCCUCGGAGUAUGAGGAGGAUGACAAUGACAAUGUUGAUAGCAGUGAUGCGGAAAAUGGGAUGAAUGAAGAAAGUGUAGUGGUUCAGCUGCAGCCCGGUGAGGACAGGGAGUACAGAGUGGCAAACACUGUCUGAGACUACUAAUGACCCAUAGGUGUAUGAACAAAAGGGUUCUUAAGGCUAUUUACAAACCUUUGCAUAGGGAAUCUCUUUUAAUCUGUAAUCCAUUUGGUUUCUUUGGUAAGAGCAGCAGUUCAUGUAGUAGUACUCUGGUUAAAUCAUUACAGGUAGAUUAUUUUUGAUUCAGGUAUUCAGUCACACAUUCUGUCUUCUCAAAACCAACUGUUAAACUGGACUUCACAAUGCUAAUGAAUAAUGUUAAUAGUUGAUAUCAAUUGAAAUAUUGCAGAGACUCUAAAUGUCUCCUGUUGAAAUGGGAUUUCUCUGGAAGUACUUUUAUUUCCGUUUUGUAGCUACAACUGGGUCAUCCUGAGAGCAAUAUUUAUUAUAUGUAGAUAUGUGUUACCCCUUAGGCCCAACAAAAACUCUAUUUGCAUGUUUGUAUAGUUUUCCUAAAAAUUGUCACCACUGCUGAAAGGAAGAAGUAGAACAGAUCAAUAUUCUAUGUACUGGUAUGUUAAAGCAGAAGAAAUUCCACUUUUAUUUCAAUGCAGUGAUUCCAAAUGAUCCUUUGGAGUUUGCCAUGGUAGCUGACUUGAAGCAGUUCCAUUGAGCAAUUCCCAGGAUGAGGAAACUUAGAAUAUAUGUUUAGUUUUGAGCAAUUCACAAGGUCAGGUCCACCAUAAGCACAUUAUCAUCCCUCCUUGCUGCUACUUCCUUGUCUGGUUUCCAGUGAGGAGGUGGGAGUUGGGAGAUAACCGAGACAGAGGUUUUAUUCCACACAGAAAAAGAAGUUUAGGGUAAGUAUUAUAUUGAUCCUUGGCUCGUAUACCUCUUACUAAGAGCAUUUUAUGCUGCAUUAGUCUGCUAAACUGUAUAUAAAAAAUUGUUCUUUUCAAAUACCUGAUUUGAAAACAAGCGCUUACACCAGUCUCACAGAACUCAGUACUUACCAGUGUAUCACAAAAAAGGUAGAGUCUAUAUAAUACCUCUGUAACUAUGUAGAAAGUAAAACCAUGCAUAUACUCAAAUGGAGAUUUUUUUAUAUGGCCUUGACUAAGGAAAGCUUGAAAGAAUGUUAAUAAACAUGUUUUCCACUUUAAAUAUCAAAA